CGUCACCGUAACGUCAGUAAUAGGAGCGCAGUGAACGUCUGUUUCCAGUCCGCAUCCAUUUUAACAGAAGAGACACACAUGCUGCUUUAGAGCCGUUUUCCAGAUAAGAGCCCUCCUGCGCUUCUGUGACUGAAUCCUUUCAAUUUGUUGUAAGAAGGAUUUAUAUUUUGAAAUAUUUGCAGGAGCGGAAUAUGCUCGGUUUCAUACUGUAUAGUACUGGCAUUUAUGUCAACCUGGUGUCAAGCAGGCUCUCCAUCUGUAUUUCUUGAUGAAGCUCCAGAAGCCUUGAGGUCAGGAGGUGGAGUAACAUCGGGUCACACGCUGCCAGCCGAGCCGGGUCACAUGAAGAUGACGCCUCCUCUCCAUUGGUCCACAGCUCUGUAACUCACCUGUGGGCCCAGCAUCAGUGUUGACAGCUCCUCCUUCACCAGCAGGACCGCUGGAGGGAGGCCGGACAGCGCCCUCUGCUGCUGCAGGUCGGGGUCAGAGGUCACCACCCUAACUGAAUCGGCUGAUCCAUGAGAAUCUUAGACAAACUGAAAUGUGUUAUUAAUCAACACGGCUUUACCUUCAUUCUGUGAUUUAUUUCAUAACAACAUACUGUUUUAAUAUAUUGUAAUAAGUGUGUGGGUCUCACCGGUCAUUCAAAGAAACAGCUGGCUUACCUUUCAGCUCCGGUUUUGAAUCCAUCCCUUUAGUGAUUAAUUCGUUAAUUAUUGAAAGAUCAGUCACCAGCAGAUCAUGUCUUCAUUAAAAUAUCUGGAUCAGGAACUCACACAAACCCAAACAUCUGUUUUCAUUAAGAGCACAUGUGACAGAGGUCAUGCUUUUAAUGAAAGAAGUUUCCUGUUGGCAGCAAAAACCUAUUAAAUGUCUUUUAAUGAGGAACUUAAAGCUGUUUGAUGGUUUAAAUCUAAACCGAAUCGCUCACAACAUCAAAAUAAUUCAUCAAUGUUAAAUUAUAAUAAAUUCUAGUCAUUUUAAUCAGCUGACAAAUCCCAGUUAUGUGUAAUUUCAAGUUAGCUUGUUGUAAUUAGUUUGUUUUAAUUAGCAUGUGGUAGUUAGCUUGUUGUAAUUAGCUUGUUGUAAUUAGUUUGUUUUAAUUAGCAUGUGGUAGUUAGCUUGUUGUAGUUAGCUUGUCUUAGUUAGCUUGAUGUAAUUAGUUUGUUUUAAUUAGCAUGUGGUAGUUAGAUUGUUGUAGUUAGUUUGUUGUAAUUAGUUUGUUUUAAUUAGCAUGUGGUAGUUAGAUUGUUGUAGUUAGUUCUUUUUUAAGAUGCAUGUUGUAGUUAGAUUGUUGUAGUUAGCUUGUGGUAGUUAGCUUGUUGUAAUUAGUUCUUUUUUAAUUAGCAUGUGGUAGUUAGCUUGUUGUAAUUAGUUUGUUUUAAUUAGCUUGUGGUAGUUAGCUUGUUGUAAUUAGUUCUUUUUUAAUUAGCAUGUGGUAGUUAGCUUGUAGUAGUGAGCUUGUCUUAGUUAGCUUGUUGUAAUUGUAAACUCAGCGAGGUCUUUGUUCUCACAUGACACAGGCUUCUUCAACUUCACACUCAGACAAGAGGACCUGGUGAAACACAGCAGCUAACUGCUAACAACUGCUAACAGCACCCAACAGCAGUAUAUGCUCCUAUGAUCUUGUUAUAUCGUAUAAUAUUAUAUCAUGUUAUGUUAUUUUACAUUAUUUUAUCUUGCAUUAUAUUAUAUUAUAUCAAAUUAUAUCAUGUUAUAUUAUAUUAUAUUAUUGUAUAUAAUAUAAUAUUGAUUGAAUCAAGUUAGUGGUGGAUGAACUCUACUGAUAUUUAAUAGUUUUAAUAAGCACAGGAAGAUAAACACAUAGGUAUAUUAUAUAUGAGUAAGACAUACACAUGUUGUGCUUGCGUAACUAAAGUAAAAGUCGUUGUACAACAGUGUAAAGUAUAUGUACUGCAAAUUGCAAAUACUCCAUAUUAUACAGUCACUUUAGUAAUCAUACAGCUACUUAAAGUAUGAAAAGUAAACGUUUGUGCUUAGUAGACUUGUGAUGGUAUCCUUAUAUUUAUGUUUCAUAGUUGAAUUGAUAUAAACGUACUUUUAAAGUUGUAUUCAAUGGUGCAGGAAUCAAAUCAAGUACUUUUAUAUUUAACUUGUAUAAAAUCAUCCUUGAAAUAUAUCAAAACAGACCUUAAAUAAAUUAGGUUGCAUUUAUUUAUCCAUUUUAAAUUAUUUUAUAAAAUCACACAAUGACAUCAUUAAAUACACUUGUAUUAAAAGGCCGCUGAUGAUCUGACUGCAUGGCACUCAACUAAAAGUCCUGGGUUAGCAGGGGUAACGACACACAUGUAGAAGCACAGGAGAGUUUCACACUAAAGCAGGAGUCAGACACACAAACAAGUCAAAACAAAUAGUGGGGAAAUCUUUUCUGGUUGUAGCCUUCAAAAUAAAAGCUCAAAGUGGUAGUACAAGAUUCUAUUUUACACUAGUUAGAACUAGUAAAAAUAGUUUUAUGCAGAUUAUGAUGAUUGUUACUAAAAACAGGAAGUGAAUUUUUCAUAAAGCUGCACUGACACAUCUUUCUAAACUUUUAAUUUGAUGAAUAUUUAUAUAUCUCUAUAAAUCCCUUGUCUUUGCUUCAGUAUAAUCUCUAGUGAGUUUGUCAGCCUGAUGUUGUUCAUGUGUUUCUGUGGAAUCAUCUGCUUCAGCUGCAGAGGACCCAUGUUCCUGUUGUGUUGUUGCUGCAGUGUUUAAAACAGUGAGACAACACACUGGACGACAGCAGCUCUUAUUUUCCAAGGACGGACAUCAGAUGACUUCCUGUUAUGUCUGACUGUCUGCUUGGUCAUGAAACAGCACCCCCCACAGACAGUCUGACUCUGAGCAGACGGACACCCAGAGACCCACAAAGAUACACACACACAGAGACAGACACACACACACUCACCAACACAGGCAGUGGAUCACAGCCGAGAAGAGAGAGCUGCGUCCUGGUGACCAUGUCGGUGCUUGACUCCGCCCCCAGCAGUGACCCCUCCCUCAGUGUGGUUCACAGCCUCAUGUGUCACCGACAGAGCGGAGAGAACGAGGGCUUCGCUCAGCGGGCGAUCGAGAGCUUGGUGAAGAAGCUGAAGGAGAAAAAAGACGAGUUGGACUCGCUGGUUACCGCGGUUACCACCAGCGGGGUCCAGCCCAGCAGGUGUGUGACCAUCCAGAGGACGCUGGACGGACGCCUGCAGGUAGCAGGUAGAAAGGGUUUCCCUCAUGUGAUCUACACUCGUCUGUGGCGUUGGCCUGACCUCCAUAAGAACGAGCUGAGACACGUGAAGUUGUGUCAGUUUGCGUUCGACCUGAAGUGCGACAGUGUGUGUGUGAACCCGUAUCACUACGAGAGGGUGCCCCCCCCCGCCAGUGCAGCUGGACACUCACCUGUCUCACGUCAAUCACAGGGUCCUCAGACUCUGAUAAAGGAGGAGUUCAUUCAGGAAUGUGUAAAGAUCGACCUGCCCCCCCACCCUGACCCCUACAACCAGCCCCGCCCUGUCAACGUGUAUCCCAGCAUGCCUCUGUCUCCUCCAGGCCGCAGCUCCCUGUGUGGUAGAAGAGGCGGGGGGGUUGGGGAUGUGGAUGUUGGGGGUGAGGGCCCAGGUCACCUUCAGAUUGCCCUGCCUCAGAGCCGGGGGGGUCAGGCCUCGCCACCAAAAUGGAAUCUUCCCGUCACCCCACAGCCUCCUCACCCGUCGACCCACAUCACACUACACCAGCAGAGCCCAGAGUACAGCAACCCCUCCAAAACUGCCGCCUGGACAGGGAAUGACCACGCCCACUACAGGGAUGUAGGACCUCUACAGAGUGGGCGGAGCCACCAGCAGCCUCGAUUACAUCAUCCUCAUAACCCCCCCAAUACUCCCUUCUGGUCUCAGCAUCACAGCACCACUCCGUAUCCACAGCCUGUGUCCAACCACCCAGGUCCAGAGUUCUGGUGUUCAAUCUCCUACUUUGAGUUGGACAUCCAGGUUGGGGAGAUGUUUAAGGUCCAGUCCAGCUGUCCCCUGGUGACCGUGGACGGAUACGUGGAUCCUUCAGGAGGAGAUCGUUUCUGUCUGGGACAGCUGAGCAACGUCCAUCGCACUGCCACCAGCCACCGUGCUAGGCUUCACAUCGGUCGAGGAGUUCAGCUGGAGUGUCGGGGGGAGGGAGAUGUCUGGAUGCAUUGCCUGAGCGACCACGCUGUGUUCAUUCAGAGCUACUACCUGGACCUCGAGGCCGGCCGAGCACCAAGAGAUGGAGUUCGUAAGAUCUGCCCGGGAGCUUGUAUUAAGGUGUUUGACUUGCGGCAGUGCCACAGACAGAUGCAGCGGCAGGCAGCAGCAGCUCAGGCCACUAUGGUUGUUGGUUCGAUUCCUGGCCCGAACAGUGUAGGAGGAGUUGCCCCUGCUAUAGGUGUGUGCUCACUGGCAGGUCUGGGUGUGGACGACCUGCGUAGGUUGUGUAUCGUCCGUCUGAGCUUCGUUAAAGGUUGGGGCUGUGACUACCCGCGACAGAGCAUCAAAGACACCCCCUGCUGGCUGGAGGUUCACCUGCACCGGGCGCUGCAGCUUCUCGACCAGGUGCUGCAUAUGUUGCCGCCUCAAGAGCAUUCACUCUGACACCCCGCAACAGGUGUGUGUGUGUGUCUGAGAGUGUGGGUGUUUGUGUGAUGUUUCUAUGAGCCCUGCCCACCUCAUAAUCCUACACACUGGUGCAGGGGCGGCUCCUGGUACAGACGACAUAGACGGUUGCCUUGGGCGCAAAAUGCCAAGAGGAUGCACAAGAGGCUGAUUGAUCAUGACGUGAUGUGAACCGAUGCAGUGACGUCACACCAUCGUCCUCUAACCCCGCGGACACAGCAGAGGCAGAAGCGCCUCCUUUCUGGAGCUGCUGGCGCUGGCUCGCGAUCUGCAGUGAUGGUGUCGGGGUCCGUUCUAUUUUUUCUGCUCGCCGUGAGCGAAUCGGGCCAGUAAGCAAAAUAAAAAUCAAUAUUAAACGAUAUCAGACGAUAAGUGUUUUCCUGGAGUUUCAAUUUCCCAGAUUUUCGCCUCCACACGAUUAAGUUUCCCCAUCUUUAAUUAUGUACUUAUUCCACAUUUGUCAGUUGUGUUUAAACAAACAACCACACACAGGUACACAAUCUCUUGUGGGGGGGUGGCGGCUAUAUGCUUGCGUAGGUCAGUCACCUGUGAAGACCAGCAUCAUUUAUCCCUGAACCAGUGCAGAGAAAAGUGCUUCCUGUGUGAACAGCCAGGCGGCUGCUCGCACAAGAAGCUUCAGUAAUGUUUAUUUUUGUCGACAUGAAUAGCUAGCCAGCUGUCAUGAAUAGCUAGCUAGCUGAAUAGCUAGCCAGCUGUCAGUACAGCAGAUGUCACACUCUUUUUUUUUUGUGAUCAAAUUUUUAUUGGGAUUUGAAGGACAACAAUCAUCAUCAUUCAACAGCACAUAAAUAAAGUAAUUAUCGUAUACAAACAUAAGCAUACCCAAGUACUCACACAAACAGAUACACACAUACCGGAUAAUAAUAAAAUGAAAACAUAAAAAUAAAAAAAAUAAAAUAAAAAAUAAAAAA